UCUCUUGCCCUUUUAUUGACAGAAUCAAAUCUUAAAUGGGGUUCUCAGGUUUUGGUGCAUCGAACAGUUCAUUAAACAGAAUCACGAGUCACGAGCACCCAUUCGCUUCUCUCUCUCUCUCUAGAAGAGACCCACCGUAGAUAGAAAAAAGAAUGUUCAUUUCUUUCUUCAGGUAGAUUCUGAACCUGAAGAAGGGAAUGGAAGGCUCCAAAUGCACCCGCAUAAACCCAGAAGCCGAUGAGUCCGAGGAUGUUGUUCGUUUCGACAAGUCCCUUCAAGAGCUUAAAGAUUUGCGGUCUCAGCUUCAUUUUGCUGCAGAUUACUGCGAGUCCACGUUCUCUAACGCGGAAGAGAAGAGGAUCAUUGUUGACAACACUAAAGAAUACAUAUGCAGGGCCAUGGUCACCGUGGUCGAUCAUCUUGGGAAUGUCUCUGCUAAUCUCAAUUGCAGCAUUUCCAAUGCCUGUGAAUUCACUAAUACGGAGCUUCGGAUUAACUGCCUGAAGCAAAGACUUGUGUCGUGUGAAGAGUAUGUUAACAAGCUUGCUUUGACCGGAGUACAAUGGAAUGCGGUUCUGCCGAGGCUUAGUCCCAGAUACUUAUUAACUUCUAUCACUAAUGUUGAGAGGUCAAAGGAGGUUAGAAGGGAUUCUGAGAACCAAACACCGGAAGCCGGAGAGAAUCAAGACUUCGAAACAGAGAAGGGCUUGCCGCUUUUCUUGGGUACCCAUACAAACAAGCCAUCACUUGCCAAGAACUUAACAGCACAAGCUGAUGGGAGGAAGACAGAUGCUAAUUCACCAAUAGUUCCUGUCCGCGACGGCCUGUCCAUACUGUCCAGAAGGUCGAACCCCACUUUCCAUUUCCAGGGUGCUCCAAAACUCGGACGCAACACCCUGAACAGAAAGUCGACUUAUAGUAGUGACAUUGUAUCUCUCAUUCGACGCGUUAGACGGACACCAUGAGGGCUAUCCAUGGUGUGACUCCAUUUACAGGGUGAAUUGCAACCACUUUCUGGAGCCUCAGGCUGGUCACUGGGGGG